UGAGGAGCGCGGUAUGCCGUGGAUCAGUUUAGUAAAUCCUUGCGACGAUGGCGACGGUAUUCAAAUUGCAAUUUUGUAUCAUUAUCAUCAUCUGUUUCUAUUCGAGGUCUUUUUAUAGCUUUAAACUACCGUACGAUGGAGCUAAAGUAGUCACAUACGGCGAGCCGUGUCAUUCACCGCGUUAUUUGCCCGUAACAAUCGAGGAAGUUGCAAAGCCUGUGACAGAACUCGUUUCACCUACGUCACCUUGCGCCUAUCGACCACUGAAAUUAAAUUAUCGAGUGACAGACACCGAUGAACCGGCGAUUCCUCAUCAACCGCAAGCGGAGUAUCCAAUUUCCAUACAAGUACCUCGAGUGCCUGAACCCUUGGAAAUAAUCACGCCGGAUCCUUUUCGAGGAAAAUCCUAUAUGUACGACAUUCAGGAUUUACCAACUCCUGCAGCCGUCGAGCCAUAUUCGCCGAGGAGAUACAAUUUCGAUUUUCAACUACCACCUUCACCAAUUUCAGAAGUACCAACGCCACAGUCCAUUAAACUGCUGACUGGCCUUACUAGCAAAAUUGACAGAGUUUUAAUUCCUGCCUGCCAAGUGCCAUCUUCUAGCUGCUGUGGAACUGCGCUGUAAUACACGAAAUGAAAUUACUUCCAAUAACGCGGUAUCUCUCGUCAAGUAGAUGAGAGAUACAUAGUAUUCGACAGUUAAAUAAAAAUAUUAUACUAAAGAAAAA